AUGCCUCAUGGUCAGAAAAGCAAGCUCCGUGCCCGUGAGAAACGUCACCAGGCCCGAAGGGAGGCCCGGCUUGAGGCCCGAGGUGACACCCAUGAUCUUGAGGGUGCUCAGGCCACUACAGGAGAAGAGAAGGGGUCUCCCUACUCCUCCUCUCCUCCUCUUGGGAGUUCUCCCCAGAGCUUCCCUGCUGCUGGCUUUCCCCAGGGGCCUGAGAGAGUCCCACCCAUCACCACUGAUGCUGCCUGGGUGUGCUGCACAAAAGCUGCUGUAGGUGCAGAGGGCCAAGAGGAGGGAAGAGCAAGGUCCUCUGAGGUCUCAACCCCCACUGAGAGCUCACAGAAAGAUCUCUUAUCUAGGAAGGCGGGUAUGUUAAUGCAGUUCCUGCUGGACAAGUAUAAAAUGAAAGUGCCCAUUACAAAGGCAGAAAUGAUAAAGGUCAUCAACAAAAAGUACAAAGAGCACUUUCCUGAGAUCCUGAGGAGAACCGCUGAGCGAUUGGAGCUGGUCUUUGCCUACCUGAAGGAAGCGGACCCCAGCAGUCAAUCCUAUGCCAUUGUCACCAAACUAGGAGGACUCACCAACAAAGGAAGUCUGAAUGAUGAGGAUGAUUUUCCCAGGAAUGGGCUCCUGAUGCCUCUCCUGAGUGUGAUCUUCAUAAAGGGCAACAGAGCCACCAAGGAGGAUAUCUAGGAAUUCCUGAAUAUUUUGGGGGUCUAUGAUGGGAGGAAGCACUUAAUCUUUGGGGAGCCCAGAAAGCUCAUUACAAAAGAUUUGGUGCAGGAAAAGUACAUGAAGUACCAGCAGGUGCCCAACAGUGAUCCUCCACGCUAUGAAUUCCUGUGGGGUCCCAGAGCCCACGCUGAAACCAGUAAGAUGGAAGUCCUGGAGUUUUUGGCCAGGGUCAGUGAUACAGUCCCCAGUGCCUUCCCAUUACACUAUAAAGAGGCAUUGAGAGACGAGGAACAAAGAAUCCGAGCCAGAGUUGCAGCUAGGGCCAGUGAACGUUCUAGGGUUCCAGCAAUUAAUUCCCUCCCCUAG